AGUGCGGGCUGCGGGUGCCGGUGCGCAGCGCGCUCCGGAGGUUCUUCUGUCUGCCGCUCACGUGCAACAGCUGCGAUGAAGUUCUCGUACCGGUUUUCAAAUUUGCUGGGUACAGUUUAUCGGCGUGGAAACUUGAAUUUUACAUAUGAUGGAAAUUCAGUUAUCAGUCCUGUGGGCAAUAGAGUCACUAUAUUUGAUCUAAAAAACAACAAAUCGGACACACUGCCCUUGGCCACUCGGUACAACAUCAAGUGUGUGGGGCUGUCUCCGGACGGCCACCUCGCCAUCAUCGUCGAUGAAGGGGGCAGUGCGGUGCUGGUCAGCCUGGCAUGCAGGUCCGUGCUACACCACUUCCACUUCAAGGGCUCUGUGCACAGCGUCUCCUUCUCCCCUGAUGGCAGGAAAUUUGUUGUUACAAAGGGCAACAUUGCUCAGAUGUACCAUGCCCCUGGGAAGAAGCGAGAAUUCAAUGCAUUCGUUCUGGAUAAAACGUACUUCGGGCCAUAUGAUGAGACCACAUGCAUUGACUGGACUGAUGACUCCAGGUGCUUUGUGAUUGGGAGCAAGGACAUGUCCACCUGGGUGUUUGGAGCUGAGCGCUGGGACAACCUCAUCUACUAUGCACUGGGAGGGCACAAGGAUGCCAUCGUAGCCUGCUUCUUUGAAUCCAGCAGCCUGGACCUGUAUUCACUCAGCCAGGACGGAGUCCUAUGUGUGUGGCAGUGUGACACAGCCCCUGAGGACCUAAAGCUGAAAGCUCCCUCAGGCUGGAAGGCUGACCUGCUGCAGCGGAAGGAGGAGGAGGAGGAGGAAGAGGAGGACAGGGACAGAGAGACCACUGUCCAGGGGAAAGCCACGCCAGCAGAGGAGGAGAAGAAAGGAAAAGUGAAGUACUCGCGGCUGGCCAAAUACUUCUUUAAUAAAGAAGGAGAUUUUAACAACCUGACAGCUGCGGCCUAUCACAAGAAGAUUCACCUCUUAGUGACUGGUUUUGCUUCUGGUAUCUUCCAUCUUCACGAGCUCCCUGAGUUCAACCUCAUCCAUUCCCUGAGCAUCUCAGAUCAGAGGAUCUCCUCGGUCGCCAUCAACAGCUCUGGGGACUGGAUCGCCUUUGGCUGCUCAGGCCUGGGCCAGCUGCUGGUGUGGGAGUGGCAGAGCGAGUCCUACGUGCUCAAGCAACAGGGCCACUUCAACAGCAUGGUGUCCCUGGCCUAUUCCCCCGACGGGCAGUACCUUGUGACUGGCGGGGACGAUGGCAAGGUCAAGGUGUGGAACACCUUCAGUGGCUUCUGCUUUGUCACUUUCACGGAACACUCGAGUGGGGUCACUGGCGUGACCUUUACAACCACAGGCUAUGUCGUUGUGACUUCAUCCAUGGAUGGGACUGUGCGAGCCUUCGACCUUCACAGGUACCGGAACUUCCGCACGUUCACAUCUCCACGCCCCACACAAUUCUCCUGCGUGGCUGUGGACUCCAGUGGGGAGAUCGUCUCUGCUGGGGCCCAGGACUCCUUCGAGAUCUUCGUGUGGUCCAUGCAGACAGGGAGGCUCCUUGAUGUUUUGUCUGGCCAUGAGGGGCCUGUCAGUGGUUUGUGUUUUAACCCGAUGAAGUCCAUCCUGGCCAGUGCCUCCUGGGAUAAGACAGUGCGCCUGUGGGAUAUGUUUGACAGCUGGAGGACCAAGGAGACGCUGGCCCUGACCUCAGACGCGCUGGCUGUGACCUUUCGUCCUGAUGGUGCGGAGCUGGCUGUGGCCACGCUGAACUCGCAGAUCACCUUCUGGGACCCCGAGAACGCUGUGCAGACGGGCUCCAUUGAGGGCAGGCACGACCUCAAGACAGGCAGGAAGGAGCUGGACAAGGUCACAGCCAAACACUUGGCCAAGGGGAAGGCCUUUACUACCCUGUGCUACUCUGCGGACGGCCAGAGCAUCCUGGCGGGAGGCAUGUCCAAGUUUGUGUGCAUCUACCACGUCCGGGAGCAGAUUCUCAUGAAGAAGUUUGAGAUCUCUUGCAACCUCUCUCUGGAUGCCAUGGAGGAAUUUUUGAACCGAAGAAAAAUGACAGAGUUUGGCAACCUGGCACUAAUUGAUGAAGAUGCUGGGCAGGAGGAUGGAGUCAUGAUACCACUGCCAGGCGUCAGGAAGGGUGACAUGAGUUCUCGGCACUUUAAACCAGAAAUCAGGGUGACUUCCCUCCGCUUCUCCCCCACUGGACGCUGCUGGGCUGCCACCACCACAGAGGGACUCCUCAUCUACUCCCUGGACACCCAGAUGCUCUUUGACCCCUUUGAGCUGGACACCAGCAUCACCCCAGGGCGGGUGCGCGAGGCCCUGCGCCAGCAGGAGUUCACCAGGGCCAUCCUCAUGGCCUUCCGGCUCAAUGAGAGCAAGCUGAUGCGGGAGGCCCUGGAGUCGGUGCCCAGGGAGGAGAUUGAAGUUGUCAGCUCCUCCCUUCCUGAAUUGUAUGUAGACAAGGUGCUUGAAUUUUUAGCUUCUUCCUUUGAAGUGUCUCGUCACCUUGAGUUCUACUUGAUAUGGACUCAGAAAUUGCUCAUGUUGCACGGACAGAAGUUGAAGUCCAGAGCUGGGAAGUUGCUACCUGUGAUUCAGUUCCUUCAGAAAAGCAUCCAGCGGCACUUGGACGACGUCUCCAAACUCUGUGACUGGAACCGCUAUAACCUUCAGUACGCUCUGGCAGUUUCCAAACAACGAGGCAUGAAACGCUCCUUGGAACCGCUGGCAAGUGAGGAGGAAGCAGAAGCCUCUGAGGAUGACAGUCUUUAUCUGCUUGGAGCAGGGGGCAGGGACUAAGGCGAAGUGAAGCUGGGACAGAGCUGCGUUGCAUCAUCUGGGUAUUUGGGUUAAGACCCACUGAACAGAUGGAACCAUUGUGCCCCCUGGGCCAGGAAAUGGGAAGGGAUCCAGGAAACAGCGGAAAUACUGUCACCAGUGACUUUUUUUUAUAAGAACUAACCAAGUGGCCUGUCAGGAACCUGUUUGAUGGUUAACAGCUGAUGACCGGGGCUGGCACAUGGGGCCCAGGAGCCCUGGGCAAUAUGAAUAGUAACAAAUGACGAAACAUCUGCUGUUAAAAACAGCUCUCAGAGUGGUAAAUGGGUUCACAUAUACUUUGUGAUGGGAGUUAUUUAUAUUUUUAAUAAAAUGUUUUGAUGAAGAACUUA